UAAUAAUAAUACAAUAAUUAUAACUGUAAUAAUAAUAGAGUACUCUCUAAUACAAUUGUGCACAGAACAGGGGCUGAUUCUGAAUUUCUGAUAGUAUGAUCAUUUUAUGGCCCCAUAUUAUCCAAAUAUAAAAAGAAAUGUUGAAAUUUGAGAGUAUCUAGAACACUCUAAUUCAUUAAAAGAAUGGCGGAAGGAGAAGGUGAAGAAGGAAGCAAGAGAUUAAGAGGAACAGUGAAGUGGUUCAACGGUUGGAAAGGCUUCGGCUUUAUUACCCCGGAAUCCGAUCAACAACCCUCUGAUGAUCUCUUUGUUCAUCAGACUUCCAUCAAAUUCGAUGGAUUUCGGACUCUUUACGACGGUCAAAGGGUGGAGUUUCAGGUGGAGGUCGCCGAAGAUGGAAUAAACAGAGCCACCGAUGUGGUCCCUCUAGGAAGAAACCGCCGCAGUGCUUCCACUGGGGCGGUGGAGUGUUAUAAUUGUGGCCAAAUUGGUCAUUUUGCUAAGGAUUGUUACGCUGCUCCUGCUGAUGGAGGAAGGGGCCAGGGAUUCAGUAGCUCCCGCGGCGGCGGAGGGAGAUUUGGAAGAGGGCGUGGUGGUGGUGGUGGUGGGACGAGAGGGGGAUACUAUGGUGGUGGACGUGGUGGUGGUGGCAGAGGAAGAGUGGACUGCUUCAAUUGUGGAGAGGAAGGUCACUUUGCCAGGGAUUGUCCCAAUUAAUCUGAUUUCAGUUUGUGAUUAUCUCCUUUCUUGUUCGGUUUUUGCAAGCUUCUUAUUCUGCUAAAUAUUUUUUAUUUUUUUGUAACCACACUCGGAUUGUUUAUAGAAUUCUCAUACAUAUUCUGUACUACCAUCUUGCUUCAUAUAUUUUGUCAAUAAGUUUUUAGGACUA